UAGAGAAAAAACUUAUUUAACGUUUGCCUACAGGAACAGGAUGGGCCUAUGCAGUGUAGUUGGCUGCAGAUCGUCUGAAAAGGAUCCGGAAUUAUCUUUUCACAGGGUUUCGAAAGCUGAUUUAGUAAAAUGGUCAUCAAUAAUGGAAAACAUUGGAAUUGAAUUACAAUUAACACACAGAAAAGUGACCAUGUGCUCGAACCACUUUCUUUACGAAGACUUCAUCAUAGCUGGCAGACGUAAACAUCUGCGAUUUGGUGCCGUGCCACGGUUCAGAGCCGUUAGUGCAGCAAAGAGCAAAAGAAACAUUCGGAGAGUGAACCGAAAGCUUGAUGCGCCAAAUUCUACCGUUGAGAAUAUGCAAAAUAAUCAACCUGCUUCUGAAUCUUCUGAAUCGAUCAGUAACCAGCCACCUGCUCUACAUACUAUUGCCACAGCCAACAAUAUUUACUUCGAAAAGCAAACGGACGCCGUGUGGCCCUUGCACACUGUCGUGUAUGUGGGUAGAUUUGUAUAGGGAUCUUAUACGCGGUUCGAUAUACGCGCAGACAUAACGGAAUUCGAAUUAUUAUUUGAGAAAAUAUGAUUUUUACGGAGGAACAUUUGU